CUUGCAGGAAAUACUGCAUUACAUGACUGUGCAGAAUCUGGAAGUUUGGAGAUCAUGAAGAUGCUUCUCAAGUAUUGUGCUAAAAUGGAAAAGGACGGUUAUGGAAUGACUCCCCUUCUGUCAGCUAGCGUGACAGGGCACACAAAUAUUGUGGACUUCCUGACCCAGCAUGUACAGACCAGUAAGGCUGAGCGCAUUAAUGCUCUGGAACUUCUAGGAGCAACGUUUGUGGACAAAAAGAGAGAUCUACUUGGUGCUUUGAAAUACUGGAAGCGAGCUAUGGAAAUGAGAUACAGCGACAGGACUAAUAUCCUGAGCAAACCUGUGCCACAAACACUAAUUAUGGCUUAUGAUUAUGCUAAAGAGGUAAACAGCUCAGAAGAGCUAGAAAAUCUUAUUGCAGACCCUGACGAAAUGAGAAUGCAAGCACUAUUAAUUAGAGAACGUAUUCUUGGCCCUUCUCACCCAGAUACAUCCUACUAUAUUAGAUACAGAGGUGCUGUCUACGCAGACUCUGGAAACUUCAAGCGUUGCAUCAACUUGUGGAAAUACGCUUUGGACAUGCAGCAGAGUAAUCUUGAUCCGCUGAGCCCUAUGACAGCCAGCAGCUUACUAUCAUUUGCUGAGCUUUUCUCCUUCAUGCUGCAGGACAGGGCGAAAGGCCUGCUAGGUACUACUGUCACAUUUGAUGAUCUCAUGGGUAUACUGUGCAAAAGUGUUCUUGAAAUAGAACGGGCCAUGAAGCAAACCCAGUGUCCUCCUGAUCCAAUACAGCUGAACAAAGCCCUUUCCAUCAUUUUGCAUUUAAUUUGCUUGUUGGAGAAGGUACCUUGCAGCUUAGAACAGGAGCAUUUUAAGAAGCAGACUAUUUACAAGUUUCUUAAGCUUCAGCCUAGGGGGAAGAAUAACUUCAGUCCGCUUCACCUUGCUGUUGACAAUAAUACUACAUGUGUGGGUCGCUACCCAGUUUGUAAAUUCCCUUCUCUACAAGUUACUGCUAUCCUGGUGGAAUGUGGUGCUGAUGUAAAUGUCAGAGACUCUGAUAACAACAGUCCACUACACAUUGCUGCACUGAACAACCAUCCAGACAUCAUGAAUCUUCUUAUCAAGUCAGGUUCACACUUUGAUGCCACCAACUCACGUAAACAAACUGCUAGUGAUUUGCUGGAUGAGAAGGAAAUAGCAAAAAAUUUAAUCCAGCCCAUAAAUCAUACUACGUUGCAGUGUCUUGCUGCUCGUGUAAUAGUGAAUCAUAACAUAUGCUACGCAGGGCACAUCCCUGAGAAACUAGAGAACUUUGUUUUGCUCCACAGAUGAUAGUGUGGAGUCCCAGUCUGAAGCACGACUUGGUGAUGGUAUUUUCCUUGAGCACUGUUGUGACACACCAGCGUUCCUUUAGCUUGCUCCAUCUUGCUCUCGUUGGCUGAAGUGUUGUUAGUAUCAGAUCUGCAGAGUUGGUUACCCAGUAUUUAAUAUGAAAAUGCCAUAUAAUAUAUUUUGUGCAUUAUUUAGAAAUGUAAUGCCAUAUUUAGACUCUUAAAAUUGUCUGCCAAAGGCUUGUCUGUUCUGGUCUUAUUUGCCUGUUGGGUGUUUGGGACUGAAUUGAGUGUUUUCCACUGAUGUCUUUUUACUGUAACUGUUAUGUGGAUUUUAUACAGUUGUAAGGUCAUCUUUUUUGGUUUUGCUUGAGCGUUUCUACUCUAACUCUAUUCUUUUUUUAUGGACUCAUUGCUAAACUGUACAAGUUGUAUGGACUUGUUAACAUUUGCAACUACCAUAAGUGCUUUUAUCUUCUCUAUGCACUGGCUUAAACAUGACUGUUGUGUGUGAGCAUAUUUCUAUGCAGCACUUGGCCAAUUUUAACUUAAAUGCCAGUUUUGUUUUGCAGUUUGUUUGGAGCUUUUUUUUUGAGAAUGGUGUCUUCCUAGCAUGAUGAAUUUUGGAGUUACUUAUCAGCUCUCCAAACUUCGGUUUGACUUUUUUGACUGCUGUAACUGAGGUUGCUUUCCUUUUGAUCCUCUGGAAAUUUGUGAGAAGAAAAUGUUGCUUUUUCUCAUUGUAGUCCACUCGAACUCUAAAUCUGAAAAUCAUUUUGUUGCACCAUGCAGUUAGGGGAAGAGUCUUCGUUAUGUACAACUGACAUAUUCCCCUUUGCAGUAUGUCUUGCUUGUGCUGGUUACAUGACUAGAUGUGAAGUUUGCUCAAAGUUUAACCUCAAACUUAAUGAUACACUUUAAUGAGAAAUAGAUCAAAUGUAUGCUGUAGUUUAAAAUUUACAAAUCAACUUUAGCUACAAAAGAAACUAAAGCAUGUUGGUGGCAUGAUGCUUAUCAGACCAGAUCUAGACAUCAUCUAACAUAUUAAGUGGCUGUAUGCCAGGGUAUUGGAAGUUCUAUAGCAGUGUCCUUUUUUUCUUCAUUUUAAAUAUCUUCUUUAUAAAGAACUUGCAUGGCUUUUUCAUCUCUACUGUGUCAGCUAUACUUAACAAAAAACAGAAGUUCUGUUGUGUAUAUAGCUCCUAAUUAAAGUACCUAUUUUUAUAAU